CUCACCUUAGUACACUACAGCGCUACAGCCCAGCAGCAGCACUCAGCCCGUGCACACGUCUUACCAGGAACCAGGACAGAGACUGGGGAGCCACAGGUUGUUCCCUUGAGAAGGAUACAUCCAGCGAGGACAGAUAUAUACAUUUACAGGCGUGACACUUGCAUUCGGUGCACAAUAGUACUCUGUACUGUGCUGACAGCAUAGAUCUCUCUCUGGUCUGGAGCUGCUCCUGGAUAUAAGACACCUGACACAUUGCAGAAUGGGAAUCUCUCAGCGGGGAAAUACACUGUAACAACCAUACCAGGGAAGUGAGCUCCUGUGUGCUAUGUGCUGGCUGUGUGUGUACCCUCACAUCCCACAUGCUGUGGACUGGCUGGCCCAUGGGGGAAGAAGGAGCCAGUGAGUGACUGUCUCUGUAACUCCGUCGGAAGAAGGUGUGACGGUGUGUCAGCCAGUCUCUGCCUGCACUCACCCCGGGAACUCUGCGCGGAGGGACCUGCCUGCUGCCAGGCUCUGCCACCGGCUGCCCAGGAGAAUGUCACCUGCAGGCUACACUAUGUUGCUCAUCUUAGGGUUAUUAUUUGCUGCUUGCCAUGCAUUGGAAAAUACAACAACAGCGCUGAGUGAUCCUCCAGUUGCAGCUGCAGUAAGAUCUCACUUUCUAGACUGCCCAGACGCUCACAGCGAUUACUGCUUCCAUGGGACGUGCAGGUUUCUGGUGCAGGAGGCAGAACCAGCCUGUGUAUGUCUUCAAGGCUACGUUGGUACACGCUGUGAGCAUGCUGACCUCCUAGCUGUUGUUGCCGCAAAUCAGAAGAAGCAAACCAUCACUGCACUGGUGGCGGUGUCAGUGGCAGCCACAGCUCUGCUCAUUGUGGUCUGCAUAUUAAUGCACUGCUGCAGAUGGCGAAAACAGUGUGAGUGGUGUCGGGGAGCUCUAUGCUGGCAUGAAAAGCCGGGCGGCCUCUUCAAAGGGGGAGCUUCCUGCUGCAAGACAGAGACAGUGGUCUGAGGAAGCUGCAGUCAGUGGGAGCAUUUUCUCAGCUACAGAGCAACCUUUCUAACACAUCCUGCUCAACUCACACCUCGGCCUACAAAAGCUGGGAAGGACAUUCUUAAUAGGACACACUUUGGGGUCCAUCAUCCUUCCCUGAGACAUGGGAACCCCACACAGCAUGUCCUGCACAAUGUGAAGCAGUGAAGAAAUGAGAAGGGCAUGACUUCACACUGGAACUUCAGAUAUAUUAUGAUUCUGACUGAGUACUCUGCACGGAUCACUAAGAGAAUCCAGCAUAGGAAGAACUGACCCUACAAGUGUUGGAUUUUGUUACUGGAGCAUCUGCCUUGGUCCAGAUUGAUUGGGUGUUUUUUUAACACCACUGUCAGAUGGGUCUUCAGCAAGUAAGUCAAUGCAUUGCAGGCCCAUCUGCCGGUAAGAUGGUUAAUAUAUACUUUUAUAUUAUUUGAAGCACUCAGUAGUGUUGCGCUUGUAAUGGACCAUUCUAUUAAUUACUUUGCUGCUGGCAUUUCAGAAAAUAUACAUAGAUUUAUAUCUAGGGACUGAUGAUAUCCACAGGAGUAGAAGUUGAUUCGUUGGUACGUCCGACCUUGAAGAAGAGAAAGCUAUUUUUUAUGUUUAAGAUGCAAAUUACCUAUACAGUGCAUUAGUAUUAACCUCAUGUAGUCAUUUUUCUUUGUUCUGAGGUUCUAGCUAAACUCGUGGGAAGGCUUUCAGAAAUACACAAACUUUGUGGUUUUUCAUUUAGCUUAUUUUCAGCCUGGUUCAAGCUGCCGGUUGUGUCCCUCUAUUUUCAUCCAAAACAUCCCUUGAAGCCUGUAUGCAUUGACCAAUUGGAAUCCUUCUUUCAACAUAUCUAUUCACGAGUCACCAGCGGUACAGCUCACUCAUAAUCUAUGAUUGGUGCACCUUGAACGGCCUGGAUUACAGGCGUGCCUUCAAUGGACUUGUCCCACUUCAUGUUUUUGUGACGUUUUAUCACUCUUUUCUUGCAUUCAGAAUCUCAGUAGACUAGCAGGGAGCAAUGACUUUGUGUCUCCGUUACUGGGCUGCAUUGUACAUAGAUGAGAACUUGGGUCAUGAGGAGACACUCCAGCGUCUGCAAAUGAGAAACCGCUGUACACGGUCUACAUUCCUUCAUUCAGUUCUUACCUGAGGUUGUCUUUCCUUCCAUUCCAGAGAGAUGAUAUGACGCUGAAGUCAUACUCAUUGCAGUGAAGCAGGUUUAAGCAUGCUCUGUAAUACUGGUGUUUGUUAGACAAAUGGUGAGCGUACACCUCCUGCAGCUGAACUUAUGCAGGUACUGGAUGGGAUGGAGAGCUCACAGAAAGAGAAAAUAUUUGGCUCUAGAAGUCAGUCAUUUUGUUCAAAGUAGUUUCUCAGUGUUACAUCAAGUAUCCCUAAUGUGUCAUAUUUUAUGGAUUUCGCUCAUUAAGGUAAAUUAAUCUAAUUUGUUCGUAAUUAUCACAUACUCAGGGGUUAUUAAUGAACAUUCCACAAAGGUGAAAAUCUGCACUUACAUCGUUACAACAUUGUCACUUACACAUUUUCUUUUAUUUUCUGAACGACACUAGACGAGAACAGAUCGCAGAUGGCUUGCUAUGGUUUAGUGUGGAUUUGCACCUUUUGGGAAAAUAAAGGUUCAUUACUAACACUGCUGAAGCUGAAAUCUUCCGAAUGUAACCCGCUAGAGAUACUUGUGGAGAAAGUUGGGGAAGAGAGUUCUGUGCAUCGUACAGUAGAUGUGUCGGCCACCGGUCAUGUGCUUUAUUGUGUGAAGGCUGCAGGUUAGCGUGAAGGUGUAAGUGCCUCUGUAUAAAGUAGCAAAGGCAAAAGGAAGUAAUGGCAGAAGUGACAAUAAUAUAGCUCUCCAACCGUAACUGAAAUUAUAUUCUAACAUCCUUCCUCAUCCUCGCCACUCCCAGCAAGCAAUACAAGAGUACCUAGUGUAUGACAACCCUACAGUGCAGAGAGCACUGAGAGGACGGACUAUCUCCCAAAUAGUCAAGUUCCAGACACCAAACCACCAUCUUUCUGUUUGCCGGGGGAUAGGGUGUAGCCUUUUAAUUUUAGAUCCCAGUGAAAAUGCUCUUUUAAAAUUAUCCCUCAUAUGAAAAGAAAUAUAAUGUGCUUGACGGUAAAUAUUUUUAUUUACUUCAUCUUACAGCAGAUAAUGCACAAUUCUAUAAGUGUGGUUCAACAAGUAAGGUAACGAGCUCUCACGUGUGUAAUGUCUCUAUUUCAGUCUAAUUUCCCACCAGAGCAGGUAGACCACUGAUUCCCCUCGUGGCCAUUAGACUGUGCCUCAUAUCAGUCAUACUGUCCCAACAUCAGCUGUAAGAUGACGGGGCUGGCAGAAACAUAGUCAAACAUUGAGGUGCACAGUGUGAUCAGAUUUAUGCAUCAGCAGCUGAAAUUCAUCACCAACUUGUUGAGGUGUACGGUGAUAACGUCAUGUCAGGGAAACAGGUUUGGGUAUGGUGCACUGCCCUUGGUAACGGCAGGACAUAUAAGCAGCGAUCCGGCCAGCCAAGCACGUCCACCACAGGCAGUGCACCAAUCCCAAACCUGUUUCCAAGACAUGAUGUUAUCACCGUACACCUCAACAAGUUGGUGAUGAAUUUCAGCUGCUGAUGUGUCCUUUAGACGCAGAAAUCUGAUCACACUACACACCUCAAUGGGUUGGCCAUGUUUCCUUCAGCCCCACCAUCUUACAUCAGAUGUAGACUCUGCCUUAUAUCGGAUAGACUGUCUCAUGGCCGUGAGGGGAAGCAGUGCUCUUACCUGUUCUGGUCUGGCGGGAAAUUAGAACUAUAAAAUAUUACACAUAAGAGGUCUUGUUAACGUGCUUAUUGAACCACCCUCAUAUUUUAAACAUCACACAUCACCUAGUUUGGCUUUGUAUCUAUAAAUGUAAAAACAAAAUGAACAUUGGGUUCUUCAGUGCUUAGAAAUAAGAAUUUAUUUGAUUUAAAAAUAAAUAAAAAAUAUCAGUGCAAAACAUGCAGCUUCCAAUAUCACCCAAUAACCAGUUCUCCUACUAAUGUUCCAAUUCCAUUAAAAAUUUCAAAAUAAAUGAAGUACAAAUAUUUUCUAUAUUACUCCAUUCAGUUGUCUGUAAUUGGGGGAAUAGAACAAUAAGUGGGAGCUGGUCUUUGCGUCUGCAUGUUUUGAAACAUGGAUGUGAAGCUAUCAAUACCCAGGGACUGACCGAGCAAUGGUUUUUGCCCACCAAUCUUACAUAAUUUCCCCACAGUAAAAAGAGCCAAUUUGUGGUCCAAACCUAUAUUCAGCCUAGUUCCUAGUGAAUUGAUUAGCUUAGCCUAAAACACCCAUCAUUCACUCAGAAACCCGACGCCGGAAUCCCAAGAGUCAACCUACCGAAUGUAUGGGAUCAUUCUGCCCUGAGGAAGAGUUGAGAACUCGAAACGCGUUGGCGGCAUCCAGUGAUCCUCUACCUGUACUUAGAACCAGAGGGGAGCCCUACCAGGUCCAGCGGUCAGCAGAUUGCGUGAAGGGAGGAGGGAGGAAUUCCGGGACCUUUCGAUUACACUUUCUUCAUUGCUCCAUGCUGGGAGCUUGACACGGUACGGUUCCAAUUUUAUCAGAGAGUGGAGUUGUCACUUUUAAUUGGAUAUAUAUAUAUUUUAUGCCUUGUGUCAUUUAAUAAACUCAAAAAAAAAUUUUGCUUAAAUUACUACACUAUAUACUCCAUUUUUUUCUUUUUUUAUGAACUACAUCGUCAUACAAGAAAAUUGUUUAUUCGAAGAGGAAUGAACUUUUAGAAGAAGGAACAAUUCAAGCGAAGCGAGUGAUCCUAUUUGGGACUAUUUAUUAAGAACAUUACAUGAUUUUUAGAAAGUGGUAGCGCCUAAAGGUGUAUUCAAUAUUUGUUGUUGUUUAUUAGUCUUUCCGGUGAUUGGGAGUCACCAGAAUAUACCUUGGGCUGCUUUGUUUCCAUUAAGCGCUAUUUUCUAUUCCAUUCAUACAUAUCUCCUGUAGCUGAUGGGUCCACUUAACAUGUUUCCAAAGAUCUGAUGAUCCAUUCAGAUAUAUAUAUAUAUAUAUAUAUAUAUAUAUAACUGGCAAAAUUUGAUUUACUGUAAUAGGAUGAGGACAAAAUGCAUUUGUUUGGUCACUUAUAAUUGAAACAUUUUGGCCAUAAAUAAUAUAAAGAGUAAUUACAAUGAAGCACCAUAGAAAGAGGUUCUAUAUUCGGAUGGCAAAAAAUAUAAUUUCACGGCCGUGUCGGUUCUAUAGUUCAAAUUUUAUUUAUUUAUAGGGAUCUUUAGCAAGUCAGUCUGGAAUUUGGGUCAUUAAAUGGCUAAUGCAAUUAACUUAAAGAGUAUAUAUAUAUAUAUAUAUAUAUAUAUAUAUAUUAUUUUAUUUUUUACCUGUGCCUCAGACACUUCCCAGCUCCAAUCCCAAGUGGUUAGUUCUGUGCACCGGUCUAUUCCAGCAGCGAAGCUAGCAUGGUAAAAUGUAUGGAAUAUUCAAAUGAUUAAAUGCUACUUUGAUAUACCUUCCAACAUGACCAAUUUCACUUGGUACGAAAUGUCCAACUUCUAUUUUCCUGUUUGCUGAAGAAUGAAAGGAAGGCACUUGUAAUAGGUCAUGUUGGAAGACCACUGUAAUAGGUCAUGUUGGAAGGUAUCCUCAGUCCUGUAGUUGCUGAGUAAACAUCUAGAGCAGGCAUUCCCAACCAUGGUCCUCGAGGCACACUAACAGUGCAGGUUUUAGUGAUAUCCAGGCUUCCACACAGGUGACUUAAUUAGUAGCUCAGUUAUUUUGAUUUAACCAUCUGUGCUGCAGCCUGGAUAUCGCUAAAACCUGCACUGUUAUGGGCCCUACACACUGCGCGAUGCAUCGUUCAUCGCUUGUGCCUCCACACUCAAAGAUAAUGAACGGUAUCUCGUUCAUUAAUGAACGAGAGCGUUCAUAUCUUUCAGUAUUAUCUGGCAGUGUGUAGAGCCCAUAAGUGUGCCUUGAGGACCGUGGUUGGGAAUGACUGAUCUAGAGGGAUUAUUCAAACCUACUUACAUCUCUUCUUUGUAAAUUUCAUGGGUUGCUAAGUCAGCCAUUUAAAAAUAGACACAUAAGAGAUGCACGUGUUGCCUGGUUCAGACCCAUGUUCAAUCAGAUAGCAUGAGUUUUUUAUACAAUAUGGGUAAGAUUUUUGAAGGUAGUCCAGUAGCUUCCUAAGUUAUUUUGUGAAGCCGCCCAAUUAAAUGAGAUGUCCACACAAUUUUCUCUUUCAUAUCAGUCCAUCAGCCCAUGGCCCUGAUUUAAAUGCUUACACUCUUCUCUCCUACCCCCUAGUGCCUAUGUCAUGGCUAAUACUCCUGUGCCACAUGCAACAAGAAUUACUUAUAUCAGUGACAGAUAGAUUGAAAAGUAUCAAGCCAUUUAAAGAGGAGAGGUGGAAGUGUUGCCCAUAGCAACCAAUCAGAUCCUAGUUAUCAUUUAUCUACUACACAGGUUCUCAAACUCGGUCCUCAGGACCCCACACAGUGCAUGUUUUGCAAGUCACCCAGCAGGUGCACAGGUGUAUUAAUUGCUCACUGACACAUUUUAAAAGGUCCACCAGUGGAGCUAAUUGUUUCACUUGUGAUUCUGUGAGGAGACCUGCAAAACAUGCACCGUGUGGGGUCCUGAGGAUCGAGUUUGAGAACCUGUGAUCUACAUUUUAUAAAAUGCUAGCUAGAAUCUGAUUGAUUGAUUGAUUGAUUGAUUGAUUGUUGGCUUAAUACACCUCCCCAUUAGUGUAGAGGGCACUGACUGAUUAAUGCUCAUGAUGUAUUGCAAAUACAACCAGUCUUAUGGGAAUAUGAGACCCUCCUAUUAGUGUACUAGAGAGCAAUUCAUUUCAGCUACCUGCCACCUGCAGCCUGAUAAUUAGCUAUGAACCAGGCGUUGUCUGGAGGAAGGGUUUAAGUAUCUCAAUUAGCUCAGCAGUCACUGUCAUCUAAACCUAUGCUGUUCUUAUAUUAAGAGAGGAUCCAAUAGCAAACAUUGUAUUUGGGUGAAAAUUUCCUUUAAAAAUCUUUAGUGUUUACUUGUGUACAAGUAUAUGUCUUCAUCGGGAAUGUAGCAACUACAGCAUUGCAGUACAAUAUUAAUCAUUUGCAUACAAUUUUGCUAUUGCUACAUGCUAUUUUUGUGGUGUGAAACAACAAUGGUUAAGUUGCAUAAUAAAGUACACAAAUAAACCACACCAGUGGUUGCAACCUUGCUCAGUUUUGUAUAUCUUGUUUCCUUAAUGUGUACCAGUCCACCCAGUGAAGGCGGCCAUUUUGUUAUGUGUCAAAUAUUCAGCCUCUCUGUCCUCUGGGGACUAGUCUCAUUACUGGCAUGCUCAGUGGUGUCACUAGCUCCUAGGAAAUUGAAGUGACUUUCGUGAAUACAUUCUCAGCUUUCAAUGUCUGUAAUUAGUCUGGCUGUAGACUCAAUGAUUUUUCAAAUGUAAAAUGAAUUGGCUGUAUAUAGUUAUGUUACAUUUCCAUCUGUGGCACACAUUGCAAUUUAGUUUUUAAAGACCAUAUUUCUGAAAAACAAUCAUACAUUAAAUUAUUAAAUACACAAACUUCAAGUCAGCCACUUCGAGUUACAACUUUCCAUCACUUCCAGUCAUAUUAUCAAUGGAUUCUUCAUCUGAUUGUGUUCAAUUCAUUAUCUCCUAUUGAGUUUCUUUUUAGGAACAUGUAAGAACCAGAUUUUUUUUUUUCUGCAAGAACUAAUACAGGGGUACAUAAAGUCCUGUGACGAGCCAUAAUUCUGGUCAAAUAAAGGACUACUCAUGUUUUAUUUAUUUAGCUGUAGCCCACAAUCUAUGUUUCACAAAUUCUUCUGUCCCCGUUAAUACCAACAAAAUACUAAAUGUAUUCAAAUCUGUUUUGUACUUUUACCAACCGGUCACUUUGUGGAAAUGGUAACUGUAAUGUAUAUCUUGCACUGAAAGAAAAAAAAGGUAAUAUUUAAAAUUUAAUUUAUUUGUAUUCUAAAUUAAUUACAGUUUUGUGUCAGUGUGAUU